AUGUAGACGAGGCUUUAAAAAGAACGGACUCGUGAUAAGACAAAGUUGACCGCCAGCGUAGUCAGUGGUCAGUGGUGUUGCGGCUGUGUCACUUUUGAUCGCUGAUAUUAUUUGACACCCGGGACAAAUCAUGACUACGCUCCUCGCGCCGGAAGUCCCACUGCCGGGUUUCUCCUUCGAUCUCUGCCAAAGGAACAAUGCCUUGGUCAAGAAGGGCUUCGCCGCUCCGAAGGCGGUCAAGACUGGCACCACCAUCGCUGGCAUCGUGUACAAGGACGGCGUUAUCCUCGGCGGCGACACGCGAGCCACCGAGGACACCAUCGUGGCCGACAAGUACAGCCUGAAGAUCCAUUAUCUCGCUCCUAAUAUGUACUGUUGCGGCGCCGGCACAGCGGCCGACACCGAGAUGACCACCGAGAUGAUAGCCAGCCAAUUGGAGCUGCAUCGCCUGAAUACCGGCCGCGUCGUGCCCGUGUGCACCGCCAAUACUCUGAUAAAGCAGAUGCUGUUCCGUUAUCAGGGUCACAUCGGCGCCGCGCUCAUCCUGGGCGGUCACGACCUCGACGGGCCCCAGUUGUACUGCAUUUAUCCGCACGGCUCGACCGAGAAGCUGAAGUACACCACCAUGGGUUCUGGCUCGCUGGCCGCUAUGGCGGUCUUCGAGAGCAGAUGGAAGCCCGACAUGGAGGAAGAGGACGCGAAGCGGCUGGUGGCGGACGCCAUUCGCGCGGGCGUGUUCAACGAUCUUGCGUCGGGAUCCAACGUGGAUCUCUGCGUCAUUCGCAAGAACAACGUCGAGUACUUGCGGCCGUACGACACCGCCUGCGUGAAGGGCGAGCGGCAGUUCAGCUAUCGUUACAAGUCCGGCACGACGUCGGUGCUCACGAAGACAGUACAACCGAUCGUCGUGGAAGAGGAGACUGUGCGCGCGAUUGUGUCCGAAGCGAUGGACACGUCCUCAUGAAACCCCGUUAAUUAAUCUAGCGUUCUACGUAAGCUUCAAAUAAUAAUGAAAAUUUUUUCCAAGCAAUGCUCGUUGAUUAUAAAUCGGUUCAAUGUUUGUAAUAAAGGUAUUACCGGGAUUGCGCAA